UCGGACGUUAACUACCGUCAAUAAUCCAGUAUAUCGCGGGAAUUGACCGUUGAACUUGAUCGAGCGUUUAUCUUCGGGCGUCAAUAACAGAGGAGAACGUCGAGGGAUCGCGAAGGGAGGAGUAUCCCUCGCGUGGAUCCCUAUCCGCUUUCCAUCGGAGUGCCCGAACGGUGUGUCUCGACGCGUUUAAUGAGAGACUCGGCAGAUACCAAGGUUUACGCGCGGCGGUUAUGGCGACUUAACGCGCGGUUAUCGCGGCCGAGCGCGCGCUUACCCGGGAACGCGGAUCUUCUUUCUGGGACGGCACCGUAGAACGGUAGAGCACACCGCGAUAAUGCACAGACGGGGAGGCAAGCGGAUCCGCAUGGACGAUCCGGUGCCGCCGGAGUACGAGACGCCGAUGACACCGAUGACGCCGAUGAACGACAAUUCCGGCGGGGACGCGAACGACUACAACCCGUACACGCCGUACAACCAGGCGUCCCAGACUCCGCUGCACAACCCCACCCCGGAGCAUUACUCCUCCGAGAGCUACUCCUCGCCGGGCACGUCUCAGCAGCAGUACCAGGAGCAAUCGGGAAACUUUGACAAUCAGACGCAAUUCGAGGCUCCCGCGACGCCGGCAGCCUCUAACAUGAGGAUCACGAGGAACACGCGCGCCAGGAUGCGCGGAAACGUGGUGCAGCAACCCAAGUACAAAGAAGUCGACACGGACUACGUUCCAUUGCCCAGUGGUAAAGGCAGAGGCGGCGGUGGACGGGGACGUAACAAGAGAGCGCAUCAUUCGCACAGUUUGGAAGACGAAGCUAGUCUUUAUUAUGUUAUUAGAAAUAAUCGUUCGUCGCUCACCACUAUUGUCGACGACUGGAUAGAAAAGUACAAAAGUAACAGAGAGAACGCGCUGCUUAUGCUGAUGCAGUUUUUCAUCAACGCAAGCGGCUGCAAAGGUCGCAUCACUUCCGAGAUGCAGCUGACCAUGGAACAUGUGGCGAUUAUUCGCAAGAUGACCGAGGAAUUCGACGAGGAAAGUGGUGAAUAUCCGUUGAUAAUGACGGGACAACAGUGGAAGAAGUUCCGCGCAAACUUUUGUGAAUUCGUUCAGAUCCUCGUUCGACAGUGCCAGUACUCGAUUAUUUACGAUCAAUUUUUAAUGGACAACGUUAUUUCUUUAUUAACUGGACUGUCGGACUCACAAGUGAGAGCGUUCAGACAUACUGCAACGCUUGCAGCCAUGAAACUGAUGACGGCGUUGGUAGAUGUUGCUUUGACUGUAUCCAUAAAUUUGGACAACACGCAACGACAGUAUGAAGCGGAGAGGCAAAAGGCUCGGGAGAAGAGGGCAGCGGACAGACUGGAGUCCUUGAUGGCAAAGCGGAAGGAAUUGGAAGAGAAUAUGGACGAAAUAAAGAACAUGCUCACAUACAUGUUCAAGUCCGUUUUCGUUCACAGAUACAGGGAUACCUUGCCGGAAAUACGCGCGAUUUGUAUGGCGGAGAUUGGAGUCUGGAUGAAGAAGUUCCACCAAAACUUCUUAGAUGACUCCUAUUUGAAAUAUAUUGGCUGGACUUUACAUGAUAAAGUUGGAGAGGUUAGGCUCAAGUGCUUGCAGGCACUGCAACCGUUGUACGCGUCGGAGGAACUGAAAACGAAGCUCGAGUUGUUCACGAGCAAGUUCAAGGAUAGAAUCGUCGCGAUGACAUUGGACAAGGAAUACGACGUGGCGGUGCAGGCUGUGAAACUGGUUAUCUCGAUCCUGAAACAUCACAGAGAGAUCCUCACUGAUAAGGACUGCGAACACGUGUACGAGCUCGUCUAUUCUUCGCAUCGUGCGGUUGCGCAGGCGGCCGGGGAAUUUCUGAACGAGCGCCUAUUCCGUCUGGAAGACCAUGCAAUGGCGAACGUUAAGACCAGACGUGGCAAGAAACGAUUGCCGAACACGCCGCUUAUUCGCGAUCUUGUCCUGUUCUUCAUCGAAUCCGAGCUACACGAGCACGGGGCGUACCUGGUCGAUUCCCUGAUCGAAACUAACCAAAUGAUGAAAGAUUGGGAGUGUAUGACGGAUCUUCUGCUGGAGGAGGCCGGCCCCGACGAGGAGGCGUUGGACAAUCAGAAAGAAACGUCCCUCAUCGAAUUGAUGGUGUGUUGCAUAAAGCAGGCCGCUACGGGCGAAGCGCCGGUCGGCCGUGGACCUACUCGAAAAAUCCUGUCGGUGAAGGAGCUCAAACAAGUUUUCGAUGAUAAGCAAAAAUUGACGGAACACUUCAUUCAAACGUUACCGCUGUUACUCGACAAGUACAGAGCCGAUCCCGAGAAACUGGCGAAUUUACUCGCGAUCCCGCAAUACUUCGAUUUGGAUAUUUACACGAAAUCCAGACAAGAAAUGAAUUUAGACUCUCUGUUGAAUAAAAUUCACACGAUCGUGGAGAAGAUGCACGAUACCGAAGUACUGGAUACGGCGGCCAAAACUUUAGAAAACAUGUGCGUGGAGGGCCAUGCUAUUUUCACCAGAUGCGACGUCGCUCGUUCAACUUUAAUCGAUUCGAUUGUAAACAAGUAUAAAGAAGCGAUCGACGAAUACAGAAAUUUGAUUGAGGGAGAUGAGGAACCGGACGAAGAUGAAAUAUUUAACGUUGUCCAAUCACUUAAAAAAGUUUCCAUCUUUUACGCCUGUCACAAUAUGAAUCCUUGGGGUAUAUGGGAUUCAUUGUAUAAGGAUAUUGAGGAUGCGAAGGAUCCUGCAAAAUGUUUACCACACAAGGCAGUUAAAUACUGCAUAAGCGCAUGCUUCUUUGCCAUUUUGUGGGGCGAGAAUCAUCUGAUGGACGCUGCGGACUCGGGCAGUCGUGGCGAGGACGAGUGCCGGCAGUUGAAGGAACGACUGCACUCAUUUAUGGGUUCGAUGCGCCAUUUCGUCAGUGGCGAUAGUAGCAGCGCGCCGACGCCACCGAUCUUAAGGGAAGUUGCGUACAAUACCAUAUGCGAUCUGUUGGUGGUAUUCUGCAACCAACUGACUACGCACUCUAAUCCCUUGAUGCAUCAGUUGGUGUACGAGCCGGACCAAGCAAUGCAGAAUAUGCUCAAUAGAUUUAUACAAGAGUAUGUUUUCUCCGAAGAGGAAGACGAUGAGCAUGACGAACACUCUAAAAUCGAGGAGCUGCACAAACGAAGAAAUUUCUUGGCUGGCUAUUGCAAGUUAAUCGUAUACAACAUGAUCCCCACGAAAGCUGCGGCGGAUGUGUUCAAGCAUUACGUCAAGUAUUACAAUGACUAUGGCGAUAUUAUUAAAACCACGUUAGGGAAAGCGAGGGACAUCAACAAAACGAAUUGUGCGCUAACGAUGCAACAAAGCUUAAAUAUCUUGUACAACGAGAUUAUGGCCGACAAAGGCAAGGUGAACAGGAACAGCGAAGAAUUUACCGCGAUAAAGGAACUCGCGAAGCGAUUUGCCUUAUCCUUCGGUUUGGACGCCGUGAAAAAUCGCGAAGCGAUCACGGCCUUGCACCGUGCGGGAGUGUUAUUCGUCAUUACCCCGCCGGAUGGUGUCGAGCAGGAUCCUACAGGUCCGCCGCCGAAUUUACCGUUCCUCGAGAUACUGUCGGAAUUCACGAACAAGCUGCUCAAGCAGGAUAAACGUCUAGUACUCAACUUUCUGGAUAGACGGCUACAAGCUGGCAUGCCGUCUUCACGAGGAGAGGAUUGGCAGCCCUUACUAUUGUACAGAAACAGCUUGUUACACGGUGAAACUGAUCAAGUUCCAGUUACAAGUAAACGAGCUUACACAAGACGCAAGAAAGAUCAUUUAGCAGAAGAAGAGGAUGCUGAUGAACCUGAUGAAGGUUCCGAUCACGAACUUGCUGGCAAACAGAAGAAAAAGCGCGGUCCACGGAAAAAUCAAUCACCAGUUAAAGGUGUUAUACGCGGACCCAAAGCAAAUGCUUUCUAUGAAAAUAAUGACACUGCACAAAUGCAAACAUCUCCUUCGGCAACUAUAGAAGACAACUCGACGAGUCCUUCACAGGACAUCGAUAACAGACUUAAGUCUUUACAAAUCCAGUCGAGAUCACGGCGAAGUCAAGAGCACGUGGAGCACAGGGAAUUGCGGAGAACCUCUAGAAACUCAGGGAGAUACGUUGAGGGGCAAUAUAUGGAAUCUGAUUCCGAGUAGGAGACAUCAUAUCGUUAAAAACUUCGCUCUCUCGUACUUUUGAAUUUAGAUAAUUGGACGAUUGAAGUAUUGUGAUAUGUAUUCAAAGCAGCUACGCGAUUUGAGAAAUAUAAAAAAACAUACUUAACUUAUGUAGGUAAUAUAAAGCUUUUAGAGCGAGUAUUAAUACAUUUUGAUAGAUGAAUACAUUAUGUUACAAAGUUACACUUAUAAAAAAAAA